AUGGACAAUGCUUACCCUGGGUCAAAUAUUCUUGUUGUAACGUUGACGAAUGGAGAAUCAAAACGUGUUGAAGCUCAAUCAGAUCAAGAGACAUUGAAAGAAGCAAUGGAGGUGCUAAGAAACAUGUUUGGGCCUGACAUUCCGGAUGCCAUUGACAUACUAGUGCCUCGCUGGUGGAAUAAUCGCUUCCAGUGUGGCAGCUACAGCAAUUACCCCAUCUAUGUGAAUCAUCAAAUUGUUGAUGACAUUAAGGCACCUGUAGGACGGAUUUUCUUCACUGGAGAACAUACAAGUGAAAGAUUUAAUGGCUACGUCCAUGGUGGAUACCUUGCAGGUAUCGACACUAGCAAAGCUUUAUUGGAAGAAAUGAGGAAGGAGAAGGAAAGAAAAACAGAGAGCCAAACUUUUCUACUAGAGCCUUUGUUAGCGUUAACUGGAUCAUUAACAUUGACACAAACAGAUGCAGUGUCAGAUGGACCUGUGGGCGAACCUGACUUAGGCAAUGAGAAGAUUCUAACACAUGGGAACGAGAAUCUGAUGGGCUCGGAUGGCAAUACAGUUCGAACCCUGGAUCCGUUCUAUGACGCAGAAUAA